AUGCGCGUCUCCCCAGCCGAGCAGCAGCCGCGAGAGCCGGCAGCGGCUGGAGAGAAGGCGCCGCGAGAUUUGGACACCUUCGCUGAGAAGAUCUACGCGCUCGUGGCGUUGGUCUAUGGGAGGGUGAAGAUGAGCAGUCUAGUGCACGCCGGGAUCUGCCUGGGAGUCUGCACGCCGUCAAAGUCGCACGGGCAGCACAUGAGCGAGAUUUGCGGGGCGAUCAGGAGCAAUCCCCAGAUCUUCGUCUCGUGGCCCGAGACUCCAACCUAUACGUACCAGGUAGACGAGCUCGAAAUUGUUUGCCGCUAG